AUGGGCAUCCAACUCCGUAAGCUGAUGCGAUCUCGCGUGAUUGUCGUGUUUGGCGCUACCAGUCGCAUCGGUCGCUCAGCCAGCAAAGAUCCGCGAGUCCAGCGCUUGAAACACAACACCAACUGCUUUCUCGUGCAGUGCAAUUUCGCCCACGGAGGAGAAGAUUCGCUCCGUCGUGCUGUACGCAAUGCAGACGCUGUGCUUGUCGUCCCCGCGCUGUCCGAGAGUGGAGUGCGCUUUUCGAGGCGUGUUGUCGACGCUGCAGCGGCUGAGCGAAUCCCACGACUCGUAGUGAUCAGCAGUAUUUUAGCUGCACCUGAGUUAUUGGCUUGCUGUCGUCGCGAGCAUGCGAAGGAGCUACCUGCAACGGAGGCUGUCGGUGCGACGCCUACUGAUGUUGCGGCUUUGGAAGGCUACGAGGCGGUGGAAGUCCACGCGAGGAACCAACUCCCUGAACCAGGCCGUUGUGUGUGCCUACGGAUUCCUCUGCUUAUGGAGACGCUUCUCUACUGCCGAGACGAGUUGCUGUUCGCCAACCGAUUCAUUGGAUGCUUCGACGCGGACACUCACGUGCCCUGCAUCUCCGUCCGUGAUGUCGGAUACGCCGCUGCUGAAGUGCUGGCAAACCCGAAGCGGAAAUAUGAGUCUGUGUAUCGCCUGACAGGAGGAACCAACGCCAGCUGCAGCCCCAACCAACUGGCUCGUUAUUUAACGGACUUAUUAAAACGAGUGAUCAAGUACCGCCAACUGAGCGACGCGGCUUUCUUGCGCGUUCUGAAGGAUAAACACACACCCGAGCAAGUGGCACAAGGCACUCCCCGUACACUGCAUCUACCCGACGCAUUCCACAGCACGAGCGACUAUCGACUGCUGACCAAGCGAGACCGGAUGAAUCCUCGCCAGUGGCUUCAACGUUAUGCGUCUGCGAUGUUCGCUAAGACGCCGCAGAACCAGGUGCAGCUGUUUGUCGUAGGCUCUGGCGAGGCUCUGUUUCUCGAAGUGAGCAAGUUCGUGGCCAGUCAAAUCACUGCACCGUCAGCACUUCCGCCGCGUGAUGUUGGUGAGAGUGCCAUUCCGACUGUUCUCCCUGGUCGACACAGUGGAGAUGAGAAACUUCAGCAGACAAAAGUGACCUUGUGCACUGUUAAGGCUGCCCCGGGAGGGUCUGGACGCACCAGAACUUCUGGAGUGCCGCUGCCUUCAACCGUGUGCCAGCUCGAAGGAGCUCCUCCUUAUCCGAUGGCAGACUUGUUAAAGCAGCUUUCAUCACUGGAUGUUGUGCUGCUUAUCCCUCCACUUCGCCUUGGAGGCAGAGCUUGUCUGGACGUGGUACGUGCCGUCGUGCACUCUGCUGUACGUGCGAAUGCCUGGGGAGUGGUGCUCGUCAGCUCGGUCUUCGUCGAGUCUCCUACUUCGCAGCACAGCGCGAUUUUGGAACAACUCGAGGAGAUUGAAAGUUGCGUGAAGACGUCGGGAGUCUCGUACACGAUCAUGCGUCUCCCAUUGUUCAUGGAAUAUUUCCUAGCGUUGUCGAAUUGCGACGAAACCAGUGAUAACCUCGGUAGUCUGGAAGAGGAGAAACAAAUGCAGGCGUCGAUGUCGUCUCCUCCGUCGCACAUGAUGUGGCCUCUUCUGGAGCCGUCGCUGGCGUCUUCGCGAGUGUAUCUGAUGGCGCUCCAAGACGCAGCAAAGGCUCUGGUGGCUGCAGCCUUCACGUUCCCACUGCAUCGAGGAAAAACCAAAGAGCUCUACACUUCCAGUGUGACAUUGAAGGAAGUGCAGCGUACUCUUCAACGACACGCCAACAAGGCUCGUCCCGUGCGUUUGAGUCGCGUAGAUGCCUUAAAAGAACAACCGGGUCGAGAGUUCUGGCGCGUUGCAUACUGGCCGCGAGCUCACACGCAGCAGUUUCUCGAAUGUGCAGUCGAGUUCACGAAGGAUGUGCAGACGGCAGUGGAGACUUCAGCGGCAGUUGGUGGCGAAAUCGACACGAGUGCAAUGGUUCUGCCUGUCUCGCAGAGUUUCGAAGAUCUCACUGACAUACCGCCGAUUACUCUCGACAAAUGGGCGGAAAACAACUCCAAGCGCUACACACAAGUGCUCGCCGCGCACUGA